CUGCUCCUGUUCAUCUGCCCUUCAGUGACAGACCAAUCGGUCCUCCUUCUCUUCCUGCUUUAGUCCCCUCUGUCUUACCUCCUGUGUCCACUCCUUAUACCCCACCUUUGACUCGAUCUGGAUUUGUUCCCUUCCCUCCUUCCUUGAGGAUUUAACUUGACCGUUUGGCUCAGCGGUAACUAACUUUUCACAGCUGGUGGCCUGGUGAUGGCGGAGGGCGUGCGUCCUGAGGAUUACUGCGACGAGCCAGUGGAAGAUGAGUUCGGAGAGAUCAUCAAGUGUCGGUCUGAUGAAAGAGAAGACGUUCAGAAGAAGACUUUCACAAAAUGGGUCAACUUGCAGUUGUGUAAGACAGGAAAGCCGCCUGUGGAGGAUCUGUUCUCAGAUCUGUGUGAUGGACGACGCCUGCUGGAGCUGCUGGAGGGCCUUCUAGGACACGAGCUAGUGAGACUGGAGAAAGGGACUAGCCGUGUUCACUCACUUAACAAUGUCAACCGUGCUCUGCAGAUCCUGCAGAAGAACAAUGUUGAUUUGGUGAAUAUUGGAGCGGCAGACAUCGUUGAUGGGAAUCACAAACUGAUUCUCGGGCUCAUCUGGAGCAUUAUUCUCCACUGGCAGGUGAAGGAUGUGAUGAAGGAUGUGAUGGCGGGCCUACAGCAGACCAACAGUGAGAAGAUUCUGCUGAGCUGGGUUCGUCAGAACACACGGCAAUACCCUCAGGUGAAUGUGGUUAACUUCUCCAGUAGCUGGAAUGAUGGAUUGGCCUUCAACGCCCUCAUCCACAGCCACAGGCCGGAGCUGUUCGAUUGGAGCGCGGUGGAGACGAAGACGUCGGCGAUCGAUAGGCUGGAGCACGCCUUCAGUAAGGCCGAGCAGCACCUGGGCAUCGAGAGACUCCUGGACCCCGAAGACGUGGCCGUCUCGCACCCCGACAAGAAGAGCAUCAUCAUGUACGUGACGUCGCUCUUCCGGGUUCUCCCCCAAAGCAUUUCCUUGGAGGCCAUCCAGGAAGUAGAGUUGCUGCCGUCGGCGACCACGGCCGGCGUCUCCCGCGUGACAACGGAGGAACACUAUCAGAUCCAGACCCAGCAGCGCUUCUCUCAGCAGAUCACAGUGAGUGUGGCUCAGGGGCGCGUGCGGAGCCCCUCCCCUCAGCCUCGCUAUAAAAGCUAUGCCUACACCCAGGCUGCAUAUGUCAAGUCGCCAGAGCAAAAGAGGAGACGCUUUACUGAGCAGUUCCUGACCCGCAGCCAGGAGGAGCUUCAGCGGGGCCUCAGUCCUCUGCCUCCUGGAUCCACCAGCCUGGAGAGCUACCAGGCUUCACUGGAGGAGGUGUUGACGUGGCUGCUGUCGGCAGAGGACGGCCUCCACGGCCAGCCCUCCAUCUCCAGCCAUGUGGAGGAGGUGAAGGAGCAGUUCCACACGCAUGAGGGCUACAUGGUGGAGCUGACCACCCAUCAGGGCAGCGUCGGCCGUGUCCUGCGGGCCGGCGCCGCCCUGCUGGUGGAGGGUAACCUCAGUGUGGACGAGGACUCUGAGGUCAGGGAGCAGAUGAACCUCCUGAACUCCCGCUGGGAACACCUGAGAGUAGCAAGCAUGGAGAGACAGAACAGACUGCAUGAAGUCCUGAUGGAGCUGCAGAACAAGCAGCUGCAGCAGCUGACCGAGUGGCUGGACGUCACCGAGGCUCGCAUCAAGAAGAUCAGCGCUCAGCCGCUCGGCCCCGACCUGGAGGACAUCAAGCACCAGGUGGAGGAGCACAAGCUCCUCCAGGAGGACCUGGAGCUGGAGCAGGUCAGGGUGAAUUCUCUGACCCACAUGGUGGUGGUUGUCGACGAGAACACUGGAGACAGCGCGACUGCCGCCUUGGAGAGCAAACUCCAGGUUCUCGGUGACCGCUGGGCAGCGAUUUGCAGAUGGACAGAAGAGCGCUGGAUUCUGCUUCAGGAGAUUCUGUUGAAAUGGCAGCACUUCACUAACGAACAGUGUUUGUUUGACUCCUGGCUGACUCAAAAGGAGGAGCUGGUUCGCUCCACCAAGACCUUCAACCUCAAAGACCAGGCAGAAACAGCGGCCUGUUUGCGCCGUCUGUCUACGCUGAAGGGAGAACUAGACGCCAAGCUUCCCACCAUGGAUAAGCUGUGCUCUAUGAGCCAGGAUCUGUUGUUCAGUGUCAAGAACAAAGAGGUCGCCUCCAAACUGGAGGCCAGACUGGACAGCUUUGCUCAGCGAUGGGACCGACUGGUCCAAAAUCUGGAGUUGAACAUCUCCCAGCUUUCCUCGGCUGUCGGCACGACCAAGCAGUCUGAGGCCACCCAGUCGGUCACAGCGACCGUUACCAAGGUGACCACCAGGGAGAAGGUGUCGGCUUUGCGCCAAACUCGAGAGUCGCCGCCGCCUCAGAAGAAGAGACAAGUGGUGGUGGAUUCUGAGCUCAGGAAAAGUUUCAUGCAUCCUUUUCUGCUCUCCUAUCUCAGCAGGUUUGAUGUGGACUUCACAGAGGUGCACAGCUACAUGACCCGCGGCGAGGCCAUCCUGCAGAGCCCCGAAUUCUCCGUGUCACGCAAAGACGGCAGCAUUCAGGAGCUGCAUGACAAAGUCCAGGCCAUAGACCGAGAGCGGCCAGAGAAGUACAGGAAGCUCCAGGAAGCGACGCGCACGGCGCAGACGCUCGUCGAGCAGGAGGGGAGCCGAGCCGAUGACAUCGCUCAGGCAGCAGAGCAGCUGAACCAGCGCUGGGCAGGAUUCUGCGUCCUGCUGGCCGACCGGCUCACAUGGCUGGCCUACCAAACAAAGGUUUUGGCCUUUUACAGCUUGUACGAGCAGUGUGAGCAGGCAGUGGACAACAGUGAGAACUGGCUCAAAGUGCAGGCACCUCCGGCGUCGGAGCCAGAACCUCUCAAAGUGCAGCUGGACCGAUGUCGGCUUUAUAUUGAGGAGAUUGCUCGCCUGUCCUCCCUCCAGCCACAGGUUGACCUCCUGGAAAAGCGUCUGAAUGAACUGAAAGACGAAAAGGAAGGCGAGGAGGACCCGUCCGCCUUUCUGGAUGCCGACAUCACUGCCUUCAAAGAACACUACCACAAGGUGCUGGAGGAUCUGCGGGCCAGAGAGAGGCAGCUACAGCUCGUUUUGGAAAGCUUGCCCCCAGCUCGAUAUAAAGAGACCAUAUCUGCAUUGUUGGCAUGGUUACAGCAGUGCGAAGCCAAACUUUCCAUCCCAUCAACAGCUGUUACCGAGUAUCCCAUUAUGGAGCAGAGACUCAAGGAUCUUCAGGCUCUCCAGGCGGCCCUGGCUGAACACCAGGGUGAGAUCGACUACCUGACUUCAGCUGUUGAGCAGGUCUUUCAGAAAGCUCCACCAGACAUCAGCCAAAAGUAUCGCCUAGAGAUAGACGCCAUAAUGGCCCGCUGGAGACGACUGGGCUCCACUCUGACAGACAGCGUCCAGAGAAUCCAGGAGCUCAUGGCCAAACUGAUGCAGUUUGAGAAUGACGUAAAGACUCUGAAAAAGUGGAUGGCAGAUGUGGAUGUGUUUCUGAACGAGGAGUGGCCCGCUCUGGGAGACUCUGAGGCUCUGGAGAAACAGUUAGAGCAGUGCACAGCUCUGGUGAAUGACAUCCACACCAUCCAACCCAGCGUGAACGGAAUCAACGAAGUGGGUCUGUACCUCAAGAAAGAAGCAGAACCACCCUUUGCCAUCCACAUCCAGAAAGAACUGGAUGAACUGAACAUGCAGUGGGAGAAUGUAUGCAAACAGGCCUAUGCAAAGAAGUCAGCCUUGAAAGGGGGCCUUGACAAGACCAUGGCGUUGAGGAAGGAGAUGCAGGAAAUGCAAGAAUGGAUAAACCAGGCCGAGGAAGACUAUCUGGAGAGAGACUUCACAUACAAGACACCCGAGGAGCUGCGCAAGGCAGUCGAGGAGCUCAAGAGGGCGCAGGAGGAGGUCCACUCCAAGGAGCAAAAGGUCAAACUCCUGACGGACAGCGUCAACAGCUUCAUCGGCAAGGCCCCGCCCACCGCCCACGAUGCAUUGCGCUCGGAACUGGACGUACUGACGGCCAACUACCAGCGUUUGUGUAGCCGCCUGGAUGGAAAAUGUAAAACUCUAGAGGAGGUGUGGGCCUGCUGGUGUGAGCUGCUGUCCUACCUGGAGCAGGAGAACGCCUUCCUGGACCAGCUGGAGCAGAAACUGGACGACAUAGAAAACCUGCAGGGGGGAGCGGAGGAGCUGCAGAAGGCGCUGGAUAACCUCGAGGUUCUUCUGCAACACCCAGAGGACAACAGGAACCAGAUCCGAGAACUGGCCCAGACGCUGAUGGACGGAGGGGUUCUGGACGAACUGAUUCAGCAGAAACUGGAUGCAUUCAACACCCGAUGGGACGAACUCAUGGCCAGGGCGGCGCUCAGGCGGAAGGAGCUGGAGCAGAGUUUGCAGUGGGCCCAGGAGAACGACAAGACGCUCCGACAAAUCCAGGAGUCUCUGGCCAACACGGACCGCCACCUCACUGCCUACCUGGUCGACCACAUCGACGCCCAGCAGAUACCGCAGGAGGCGCAGAAAAUCCAGUCAGAGCUGAACGGCCAUGAAGCGGCUCUGGCAGACAUGAGGAAGAAGAACCAGGAUAAGGAGCCUUCGCACAGGAUCAUGGGACAGAUAGACCUGACUCAGAAAAUGCUCGGCGACGUCGGGACCAAGUUCCGCUUCUUCCAGAAGCCGGCCAACUUCGACUCCCGCCUGGCCGAAUGCGAGCGCGUGCUGGCCGGGGUCAAAAGCCAGGUGGGCUUGCUGGACAUCCGCAGCGUGGAGCAGGACGUGGUGCAGUCACAGCUGGACCAGUGCAUGAAACUGUACAAGACCCUGAGCGAAGUGAAGGGGGAGGUGGAGACGGUGAUUAAAACAGGGAGACAGAUCGUCCAGAGGCAGCAGACGGAGCAACCCAAAGAGCUGGACGACAGGGUGACCGCCCUGAAACUGCUUUACAACCAGCUGGGAUCGCAGGUGACUGAGAGCAAAUUGGAGCUGGAGAAGAGUCUGAAGUUGUCCAGGAAGUUGCGUAAGGAGCUGAACGGGCUGACGGAGUGGCUCGCUGCUACCGACGCCGAGCUGACCAAGCGCUCCGCCGUGGAGGGAAUGCCCGGUGACCUGGAGGCUGAGGUCGCCUGGGCGCAGUCCGUCCACAGUGACAUCGAGAGGCAUCAGCCCCAGCUGCAGGCGGUGGUGGACCUCGCAGAGGCCCUCAAGGCGGUGUUGAAGGGCAACGGAGGCUUAGUGGACGACAAAGUCAGCCUGUUGCACUGCAACUGGAUCGCUGUAACAUCCAGGGCAGAGGAAUGGCUCAACCUGCUGCUGGAUUACCAGCAGCAGAUGCAAAAGUUAGACGGAGAGAUUAAGGAAGUGAAUGAAUGGAUUGACGGAGCAGAGAAAAAGAUGGACGAAAUAGACAAUCAGGGUCCCAAUGAUGCUGUGCUGAAGGUGUUGCGUGCUGAGCUGGAGCUGACCAAAGGGAAGAUGGGAGAAGUUAGAGAACUGGCACAGGAACUCAUGUCCACCAGAGGAGAGAACUGCCAGGCCCAAGUAGGACCUAGAAUGGAGCAGCUCAACCAGAGGUUCGACAUCAUCUCUCAACGGAUCGCCUCUGGUUUGACAGCAGUGUCAGCCAGGGAGCUUGAACAGUACCACAGCGAAGUACGGGUCUGGCUUGAACUGCUGGAGGAGGAAGCCAAACAGGGAGAGAACCUAAAGGAGGAGGACUUCCAGGAGGACAAGAAUUGCGAAGAGGGUGCAGUGCAAGAGUUGCUGUUGAAAGGAGAGAACCUGCAAAAGAGAGCCCCAGAUCGAGACAAGCGAGAGCAGAUAAGACAGAAACACAACCAGCUCAACAGCAAAUACAACACUGUAAAGGACCUGCGUAUCCUGAGGAAUAGAAAGGCUCUGGCCAUCGCUCCCCAGUGGUACCAGUACAGAAGGAAAUCCCAUGACCUGAUGGCCUGGCUGGACGACAUCCAGCGCAGUGUGGACCAACUUCCUGACCCACCCAAGGGAGAGCGGGUCAAGGAAAUUGGCUCAGAGUUCGACAAGAAGAAGGAGGAGCUUAAGGAGGUGCAGGGCUUAGCCAAUCAGCUCUCACAGGCUGGAGCCGCCAAUCUAGUGGAGCCCCGCCAACUCCAGCUCAACACCCGCUGGGUUGAGGUGGAGGGCAAGUUCAUACCCUUCAAAAGACGAUGUUCCGGCGAUCUCCCAGCCACUGAAGAUGAGUACCUGACAGAGCUCCAGGCGCUGCUGCGUUCGGUGUCAGAGACGGACUUCAAGCUGAACUCUCCUGAAUACUGGCCUGCAGCGUAUUAUAACCUGCCACAGCAAGAGCACUGCCUGAAGGACGUAAAGGAGAACAUAGACAAGCUGCAGGGCCCGGUGGAAGGAGCUCUGGCCCGGAGAGAAGAGAUGGCGACGGGUUCUCGACCUUUGGAAGGUCACAGGGUUCAGGAGACGGCUUCCCUACUCAACAACAACUGGGACAAACUAAACAAGCUCUACAAAGACAGACUGAAGCGUUGGAAGGACUGUAACUCCAAGUGGCAGAGGUUUGUCUCGGACCAGAGGGAAGUGGAGGAGUGGCUGAGCAACGCUGAGAGCACGUUGAAACUGUCUGAGAGUGAGCCGGCAGCACACAGACAGCAACUCAGGGACCUGGUGGACGACAUACCUCACCAGGAGGUGGUGUUGGGCAGAGUGAACUCUGCAGGAGAAGACAUCAGCCAGAUGAGCGCACCAGAUGAUGCCUUACGCCUCCGGUCGCAGCUUAAACUACUCAACACUCGCUGGGCCAACGUCUGCCAGGAGCUCAGGGAGCAUAAGAGGAGGUCUGCCGAGGCGCGAACAGCUGGAGCAGAGUUUGAGGAGGACAUGGGCUCGAUGCUGGGCUGGCUGGAUAAAGCGGAGGGUGUGCUGGCCAUCCCUCUGCACCCCCCAGAACCACAGCACAUCAGGGACACUUUGAGCAAAGUCCAGACGCGUGUGGAGGAGCUUCCCGUGAAGAAGUCUGCAGUGGAGAAUCUGAACGCCAAGCAGAAGAUGCUAACCCUUCUUCCUGCUGACAAGCACAAAGACAUCAGGGGCAUCAACACUCGCUGGGCUCAGGUGUCUAGGGCUCUGCCUGAGCGUCAGCUGGAGAUCGAGGGUCUGCUGAAGGAGCUCCUGAAGAUCCAGGGUGAGCUGGACGACCUGUCAGCCUGGGCGUCGAGCACGAGGGCCAAGCUGGAGCAGAGUCCCCAGGAGUCACCACCCAGACUAAUUGAGGACGUUCAGCAGAAGAAGCCAGAAGUGGAGUUUGUUUUGGAGCGAGCCAAUCAGAUGUACAGGGAGACUCCUCCAGGACGGCUGGACAAGGGGAAACACGGGAAGCUAAGAGAAGACUAGACGGUGAUUCUGGAGCUGCUGCAGCAGCACAAAAAAACCCAUGAAGGCCUGACAGGAAGUUCCCAGCCUGAAUCUGCCGCACUCCAGCAGUUCAACAAAUCCUGGGCCGAGCUCACCGAUUGGCUGAAGAUG